CACAGUGUUAAUCUCUAACACACACACCCCCCAUUUGAGAAAUAAAUUCUCCUUCACACUAACCCCACCAUUUUCCCCAAUUUCUCAAUCCCUCCAAAAUCAAAAUCAAAAUUAGGGUUAGGGUUUUAUUUCAUUUCAUUAAAAAAUUCACAAAUCAUGGCUUCUGAAGAAACUAAUCUAGCCCUAUCACACCAUCACCUACCAGGUUUCCGGACCACCCAUCGACCCGGGUCUAUACCCGGACCCGAUCAACCUGCUGCUGUCUCUACUAGCAAUAAAGCCACCCGUGAGUUGACCGGAUUCAUUGAUCACCAACACAGUUUUUUCCGACCCGAAAGUACAAAUGAGUUCCGGCAGAGUACGUAUUACCCGCCCGGUCUGGCUCGACAGGCUUGGAAUGGAAAGGAUUCGGGCUCCGGUUCGGGUGAUGGAUCAGAUGAAAAUGAUGAGAAUAAUAAUAAUGUUAGUAGUAAUACCAGUGGGCAUAGUAGUGAAAAAGAUGGAAAUGUGAAUUUGAAUCAUAUUUCUUCUUUUGGUUCUACCAGGGAAGUAGCAAAGGUAGGAAGUGAACCUUCAGGAAAUGUUUUAAAUGAUGCAAGACCGAGUUUAAGCGAGUAUCAUGAGCAUAACGCAAGUCAUUACCAGAAUGCUCUUGCACUUGUGGACGGUAAUGGUGAAGUACACUAUUCACAGUAUCCUCAUGGUGUUGAAGGUUCAGGAGAAGGGCUUAAAAAUAGGGAGGCUGAAAAGGGUUGUGGGUUUAGUAGAAGAAAGGAUGUUUUUUAUUCAGGUGAAUCCGGGGAAUCACUGAGAACAAUACUAUCAGAUCCUAUAACAGGGGUACUUAUGGAUGAUGCUAUGAUAUUGCCUUGUGGCCAUUCAUUCAGUAGUGGUGGAAUGCAGCAUGUUAUGAAGAUGAAGGCAUGUUACACUUGUUCGCACCCUGUAGCAGAAGGUUUGGUUGCUUCAAAUCUAUCUCUGCAAUUGGCUGUUUCGGCAUUUCGCAGGGAGGAAGAGUUUCGAAUUCACCAUGCAUCCAAAAGAAGAAGAGAGAGAUUAGACCAGGACAGGAGUAAUUACAGUGAUUCCAUGUUCAUGGACACACCAAGAGGGAAAAGUUUUCAAUUUCCGUUAUCAGAGGGUGACCGUGUUAUUAUCAAGGGGAACAAGAGGACACCAGAGCGUUUUGUUGGUUGCGAGGCUGUUGUCACAACCCAGUGUUUAAAUGGAUGGUACGUUGUGAAGACCCUGGAUAAUGCAGAGAGCAUUAAAGUGCAAUAUCGCUCAUUAGCCAAGGUUUCCGACCAUUCAUCAUCACAACCAACCUCAAGUAAGAUGACACCAAAUUGGCUCUAGUGAUGCAUUGAACCCCACUCUCCCCAUCUGUAACCGUGGGGACAGUUACAUGUGGUGUCGAUAAUGUAUCACGAAGUGUAUAUGUGUAUAUAAUCUUAGAAGUUGAUUGGGUAGCAAGUUUUGCAGAUGUACAAAAAGCUAUAUCUAUAAAAUGUGCACGGAAGCAUAAUGUACAUGUAUUGUAAAUGUAAUUGUAGAAUUUUUUUCAAGUAUAUAUACGAAGCAUAAUGCACAUUAUUUAUUGAGCAA